AUCGUGCUUAUCUGGCCCGGCGGGGAAGGCAGCUCGCCCGGCCGCUGUGCUGCGCUCGAGAGGACGGAAGCUGCGCUGCGGGUCUUCCUCACAGAAGCGAAAGCGAUGCAGAACUCCAGUCAGGAGGGCGUCUCCAAGCGGGCCCGGCCCGACAGCCCGGCCGAUGGGUAUUGCACUCCCGAGAAACGGGUCUCUGCCUAUCCCGGUAAGGAUCCCAGCCACCUGCACCCUCGCCACUGGGACACCGAGCAGCUGUGCCUCUUCCUCCGCCGCAGAGGCUUUGACGACCCGGAGGUACUGCGCCGCUUCCGAGAAGAUCAAAUAACUGGUUCAGUACUGCCCUAUGUCACUGAAUCUUAUCUGGAAAACAUGGGAAUCAGAAAUCUGCCCUGGAGAAAACGACUUCUGCACUGUUUGCGCAAGCUGGAACAAACUCAUACUGACAUAAUGAAGGUAUUUAAUGAUCCAGUUCAUGGCCAUAUUGAAAUACAUCCUCUCCUCAUUCGAAUCAUUGAUACACCCCAGUUCCAGCGUCUACGAUACAUUAAACAGUUGGGUGGCACUUACUAUGUUUUCCCUGGAGCAUCACACAAUCGCUUUGAACAUUCCCUCGGGGUUGGCCAUCUUGCAGGCUGCUUGGUCCGAGCGCUGCAGGAACGACAACCAGAGCUGGAUAUCAGCCACAGGGAUAUUUUAUGUGUCCAAAUUGCUGGCCUUUGUCAUGAUCUGGGUCAUGGGCCAUUCUCACAUAUGUUUGAUGGAAGAUUCAUCCCACUUGCGAAUCCAGAAUCCACAUGGAAGCAUGAACAGGCUUCUGUGGAGAUGUUUGACUACUUGAUUGCUUCCAAUGACCUGGGACCACAUAUGGAGUUUUAUGGUCUCUGUUUGCCUGAAGAUAUAGAGUUUAUCAAAGAACAAAUAGGAGGACCCACAAAAACUGAUGACUGUUCAUGGCCUUACCGUGGACGAUCGGAAGAGAAGAGUUUCCUUUAUGAGAUUGUGGCCAACAAAAGAAAUGGCAUCGAUGUAGAUAAAUGGGAUUACUUUGCAAGGGAUUGUCAUCAUCUUGGAAUCCAGAAUAAUUUUGAUUAUGGACGCUUCAUUAAAUUUGCUCGGGUCUGUGUAGUCGAUGGAAAGAAGCAUAUUUGUACCCGUGAUAAGGAAGCUGGAAAUUUAUAUGACAUGUUUCACACCCGAAACUGCCUGCACCGCAGAGCCUAUCAGCACAAAGUUGGCAACAUAAUUGAAACCAUGAUUACAGAUGCUUUCUUAAAAGCUGAUAAGUAUAUAAAGAUCAAGGGCUUCGAAGGAAAAGAAUACCAUCUCUCUACAGCGAUAGAGGAUAUGAAAGCUUAUACUAAGCUAACAGAUGACAUUUUUCUGACAAUUCUGCAUUCUGAUCUCCCGGAGCUGCAUGAAGCACAGGAAAUUUUGCGUAAAAUAGAACGCCGCGAUCUCUACAAGUACCUAGGAGAGACUCAACCUCUAGAGGGCAGGGAAAUCAAAAAGGAGCAGUAUGACAAGUUGCCUGCUGAAGUUGCUAAUUCUAAGCCUAAAGUUGCUAAUUCUAAGCCUGAAGUUGCUAAUCAAGAUGUUGAAUUGAAGGCUGAAGACUUCAUAGUUGAUGUUAUCAACAUGGAUUAUGGAAUGCAAGAGGAAAAUCCUAUCAAUAAUGUUCAUUUCUACUGCAAGUCUGAUAUCAGUAAGGCAGUCAAAAUUACUAAAGAACAAGUAUCAAAGUUCCUGCCAGAGAAAUUUGCUGAACAGUUAAUCAGGGUUUACUGUAAGAAAACAGAUAGCAAGAGUAUUGAAGUUGCCGGAAAAUAUUUCGUUCAGUGGUGCAUAAACAAGGAUUUCAAUAAACCACGGGAUGGUGAUGUGAUUGCCCCUGAACUUACUCCAUUGAAAUGGAAUCCGGAUCAAAAUGACACAAAGCAGCAUUCGGUGCAGCACAAGAGAGCUUCAAAAACUCUCUUUCCUACUGAGCAUCUUCAGCCUCAUUCCAGUAACUAAACUGUCAUGGUGCCGUUUUGGAUACAUCAUUUUGCAAAGACAGAGAUUUUUAUCGAGUUUUCUUCUCCCCACACUUAGAAAUUUAAUAACUGGCAAUGAAAGUGCCAUUUUAUACCCAUGUGAAUGUGUAUCAGUGAAGUAAGAGCUAAAUGAGCCUUCAAAGUCAUGUGCAAGAUCACUAACCUUUAAAAAUCAAAGGAAGCCAAAAAUCUGUAUUUCUACAUAAAUUUAAUUAUCCUAGAACUGACAAAAAUUAUAGUUUGUUUACCAAAGCAACCACAAUAAAGUAAUGAUGGAUUUUGAGGCCAGGGAGAGAGGAUCUGUGCCAUUUGCCUCAAAUGUGGUAGUUUUGAUUGAAACUUUCUCACAGUUUGAAGAAAGUUAGUCUGUGCUGCUUUAGACCUUAAAUAAGUAUGAAAACAAUCAAAGUUAUAUUGUUUUUUUAAACCUUUUGAACAGACGCUACAGAGGAAAUAUUAUUCUGUAGAAGCCAAUGACAGUUUAAAAAGCAUAUUUCUUACUAAGAGUGUUGUCUUUUUUAUUUUGAAAAGAUUGAAUGUAUUUUUAACUCCUUCAUGUUGCCAGGGGUAAAGAAUUAUAUAUGUAUGAACAAUGUAUCAUACUUUUUUAGUUGUAUUCUUUUCAGAAAUGUUUUGGAAAUAAGUGAUCAAAAUGUUAUCCAAAAAAUGGUUUUGUAUAUGAGAACUGUUGUUCGUGAGAAAUCUGCUGUCAGUGUUGAGAAUUAAUUCAUUUAAUCUGUGAAUUUUUUUCCUAUUCUUUAAGCCUAUUCUUCCUAUUCCUUAACACAGGACAGCAUAAUUAAACACUUCACUUUAAAUAGUGGCCACGAUGGAUUGCCCUGCGAAAUAUUCCUGUCCCCGACUCUCUGGUUUGUGUUGCUCCUACAUGUCUCUGUCAUUCUUUCCCCUCCAAGGAACAAAACUAGCAUCAAUAAAUAGCAUGUGACAUAGGG